UCCUGCGUCAGUGCUUCGUGACUACGCCCGGCUGGAGCAAUCGUCCGCUCAGUUAGCCCGACCUGGGUCGGUUUGGGCUGGUGGGCUCCGUCAUCUGGACCCCGUACGAUGGCGGUGUUUCAUGACGAGGUGGAAAUCGAGGAUUUCCAAUAUGACGAGGACUUGGAGACGUAUUUCUACCCCUGCCCUUGUGGCGAUAACUUCUGCAUCACCAAGGAGGAUUUGGAGAAUGGGGAAGACGUGGCGACUUGUCCUAGCUGCUCUCUCAUUAUAAAAGUGAUUUAUGACAAAGAGCAGUUUAUGUGUGGAGAAACAGUUCCAGCCCCUUCCACCAACAAAGAAUUAGUCAAAUGCUAAAAAAGACUUUAGGACUCUGAAUCCUGAACAUUUGGGAGUGCGCCCAGCUGGACAAAUCAAAGGCAAAGUGACCAGCUUCCUCAUGGGGACAGCCAUUUUGCAGUUUGCUAUUCUGGAUUCUUCCCACUGGCUGCUGAGUUCAUCUCCAAUUAAAGACCAAGUCCGUGACAUGGCACAUCUGGGUUUCCUGCUUAGAACUUUGAACUGGAUAAAGUGUUCUUGAUCUUUCACAUGAAUUUAAAGGAAGACAAUUUCAAGUCAGUGCAUCCUUUCCCUCCGUUUUGUUAUUUUUAUUUUUAUCUUAUACCUGAUAUUACCUGAUAACAGCAUCAUCUACCUCAACAUCAUUAGGAUUCUUUAAUGUUAAAAAAGGGGUUUUAUUUUUAAUUGGUUAUUAAGAUAAUUAAAAUUAGCCCUUUUUGAAAUUGGCAUCAGGUUCAUUCUUCUAAACUUAAGAAAGCUGGGUGCCGUGCCUUCCCAGUCCGGCCAUUACCGGGCUGUUCCUGUUCCGCUGAGCAUGCAUUUGCCAUGUUCGUGCUCCGAGUUCCGGUCAUGGUGUUAGAGAGAAAGUAUACGGAGCUCACAGUUUCCUCCGGAGCUGAAAGUUGGUGAGAAAGUCAAAAGUGAAAUGGCCAAAGAAUUUCAAGUUUUCUUUAUCAGUAUUCUGCACAUUCCUUGAAAAUCAGGACAAGCCAAAAAAAAAAAAAAAAAAGCCCAAGGAAGUGAAAUUAGUAACAGAAUGAGGGGAGAAAAGCAUGCCAGCUUAGCAAAUUAAAUGCUUCCAUGUUAUGGCCAGAUCAGAGCAAAUAAUACUUCUGUAUCGGGGUUCUUGUUUGCUCCCUGUAGAUCCGACUAAUGGAAUUUCGUUCUAGAUAGGGGUUAAUGUCAGGUCUGCGUGGUGGCAGCAGAGCUUUCAGCAUUCCCACAAAAUCAAGUCACUGCUCCAAAGGUGAAGCUUUUACAACUCUUGUGUUUGCUGGGGAAGAACUUGAAAAUGAGAUACCUGCUCUAAAUAAAUGUGCCCCUGGGACACAUCUGAGAAGCCUCUGUGUUGCAAACAAAUCAGACAUUUGCUUUCACAGAGAAAUGUUGCCCUGGAGAAAGACAUAUGUAAAGGUAGGCUAUCAGUUUUCCUUUGCUGUCGUGCCGAGAGUAGCAAGGAAUUAGCAUCACUUACAUGGAAAUUCAGAAGUUCCCUUUAUAUACACAAUUUUGCCACGUGUAUAAAGUUUAAAAAAAAAUGCACGAAUAUCUGGCAGGUGUUUUUGGCAGUGGCUCCUACAACCAAACCUGCCAGCAUGUGUGCAUUCUGUUACUGACUGAUAAACACGCUGCACACACUCAUUAGCAUUUACAUUUUAAAGAGCAAGUGGCUUUUAUUUUAGGGGGUUGCUGUCAGCAUCAUGGCUAUGUGCAGCCCUUAGCUGAGACAUAAAUAAAUCACCAAAGAUGUGUGCCAGAAGUACUUGUACGUUAUGUGAAGCAUUACGGGGCAUGUCCUUGAUGCGAUUAGAAAUCUCAAUGCUGUUGGGAACACUGACCCCCCAGAAGCCAUCCACACUUGCUUUGGAAUCAGCGGUGGCUCAGAUGAACCGAGCAGGCACUGACUCUGUUAGAAAUGAUCUGCGAAGAGAAGCAAACUGCCUGAUAUGCAGAAAUUGAUGGCUUUGUAGAUAUUGAUGAUGUUAGCUCCCUCUGUUAAUGAUGAAUUUCAUAUAAGAAUAGAGAUCCUUGAUAUAGAUCUGAGCACAGAAGAGCAGGAAGAAUAGUGGCCCGGGGCCAGAUGUUUGGGGAGAAAAGAAGCGGAAACAGCAAUCUGAUUAGCUGCAGACAUGGGGAUGGUUUUGUUUCCAAAGCAGCUGACUCACUCAAGUUGUUAAUUGCAGAAGAACACAUGAGGAUUUAAUUUAAAUUUCUGCUAGGCAGAAAGUAAAGCCAGGGUCAUUCAGUCAUGCUAGAGUGCUAUGUGAUGUGAUAUAUGUGCCUUAUUUAAUUCAGCAGACACUUCUGGAGCACCUCUGAGAACUGAGUUGUAAUUCAACCUCUGUCUUUUACUGGCUUUGUGAUCUUGGGCAAGGCCAGUGUAUUAUCUGUGCUGUUAGGAGGCUGGAUCAGGUGGUUUGUAAACUGUCAGUUCAGGUUUUGUAGCUUGCAGGAACUGAAAUGGUCAUUGAAACCUUCAUAAACUCAAAACUAUCUAAAUCAUGAAUUAUAAGAGACUCCAUUCUUCUUCAGUAACUUGAUGUUACCACACUCCUGAGUUUGAAAAUUAUAGUCAACUGUAUAAAUGGUUCUGCAUAUCCUUUACACAUUCAGAAGAAUUUUCUUAGGAAGCACUCAACAUUUUUGUAACUAUUAAUUUAUUACCAGAGUAAUUAUAUUGGCAUGCUCAAUAAAGUCAGAUAAUUCAAA